AUGCCUGGCUCUACCGAUAAAGAAAACGACGGCCACGCGCACAUCGAAGUGCCCGAAGGCGAUGACAAGCCAUCUCCCCGCGCCGAGGGCGAGUCCAGUCCUGGCCUCAGGAAUAGCAAGGGCUGGGAUGGCAAGCUUCGCGUCCCAAAGUCUGCUGCCAUGGCGAACCCAGAGGCUCUUUCUGAUUCUGACUACUCGGAUGAAGAGAAUGUCAUGAAGGGCGAGAAAAUCGAUGCUGACGAGGAUCUUCUCGACGACGAAGACCCAGAGACCGACGAAAUCAUGUGUUCCCACUCUCGAAUCGCCUCAAUUUCUUCGCUACGCCUUGAGCGCUUCAAGAAUGUCGUCCGGGUCUGUCUCCGCCAGAACAGCAUUGAGCACAUAGAUGGUCUGUCCGGCUUAGCCGCAACUCUGGAGGAUCUUGACCUCUACGACAACCUCAUUUCCCGUAUUCGCGGCCUCGAAGAGUUGACAAAUCUCACGAGCCUCGAUCUGAGCUUCAACAAAGUCAAGCAUAUCAAGAAUAUUAAUCAUCUGACGAAGCUCAAGGAGCUAUAUCUUGUCGCCAAUAAAAUCAGUAAAAUCGAGGGGCUGGAGGGACUUGACAAACUGACGUCGCUGGAGCUCGGAUCGAAUCGUAUCCGCGAAAUCGAGAACCUCGACUCUCUCAAGGCUGUUGAGGAACUUUGGCUGGCAAAGAACAAGAUCUCCCAGCUCGGCGGUCUUGGUGGCAUGCCAAAUCUACGUCUCCUCAGUAUCCAGUCCAACCGUAUAAGCGAUCUUUCACCACUUAAGGACGUCCCUACACUCGAGGAGCUUUAUAUCUCACACAACAUGCUGGAGUCUUUGGAGGGGCUAGAGCACAACCCCAAGCUGCACGUAUUGGAUAUCUCGAAUAACAAAAUCACCAGCAUUAAGGGUCUUGAGUUACUCAGUGAGUUGGAGGAGUUGUGGGCUAGCUACAAUCUCAUCGGCGACUAUAAGGAGGUUGCCAAAUAUCUCGCCGACAAGAAGAGUCUGACUACUGUGUAUUUCGAGGGAAACCCGCUGCAAUUACAGGAACCAGUAGCGUAUAGGAACAGGAUCCGAUUAACGUUGCCUCAAGUCAAGCAGAUUGAUGCCACAUUUGUGAGAACAUAA